UUUAAGUUGCUGCAGUCGUGGACAUGCAAGGUCCUAGAGGCGUACCACUGGAAGCUGACACAUCCGCAUGCUGGAGCAACGCCGUACGAAGCUGCAGUGAAAUUUAAUUAUUCACCGCGCGAGCUUGGUGUUGUUGUUGAUGUGAUAUCAAUGAUCAAGAGCUUAAGUGCAAUUCUCACAAAUGUUGAGUCUGACGUUGCUCCAUAUGUGCGCUUGCACGUCCACCAUGAGGUGCAACAGUUUGUUGCUGGAGAAUUGAUACCGCCGCUGCACCGCGCACAAAAACGCAAGCGGGCCAUUAUAGUCCCAUUAUUGAAGCUUCGUCGCUUGGUGGCUGAUUGGCCCGACUCGAUGGAGCCAGUAGAUGACUACACUCGGUAUUCCAGGCAAGACGGACGCGUUGAAGCAGUACAUCCCGUGCGUGUGGUGGGACCUAGCCCGACGCAAUUACAGUUAAUGCGCACUAUGGUUCGCAGUAUGUUCGACCAGCGAAAUCAACUUAAGGUUGGCAUGUUUUCCAAAAGGGAUCUCGAGCGAGAGGAUCUUCAGCUGAUGGAGACUUUCUAUAAUGAAAGCCUGUGCUUCCAAUAUAUUUUGAACCACGCGGUCACUCUCCGUGCGAAUUCAGAUCUUGCUGAUUUGUGGUAUCGCGAGUUUUAUCUUGAGCUUUCUGGGCAAAUUCAAUUUGCAAUUGAGCUGUCGUUUCCUUGGAUUUUGACAGAACAUGUCAUUACCAAUCAAGCUAAAUCCAUGCCUCUAGUUGAAAAUAUUUUGUAUACUAUGGAUGUCUACAAUGAUGCAGCCCACCGAUCCCUCUAUGUCCUCAGCCAACGAUUUUUAUAUGAUGAAAUUGAAGCUGAAGUAAACCUCGUCUUUGACCAGUUGAUAUUUCUGAUAUCUGACCAUGUAUAUUCCUAUUACAAGGAUAAUAUUGGAUCGAGAACCAUUGAUGGCCCCUAUCGUGAACGUCUGUUCCUGAUGCGAAGAGCUUAUUCGCUUGAUGUUCCCGCACGCCGCUGCGACGUACCCAUGUCACAGCGACACAUUCAAGUGCUAGGACGUGUCAUAGAUCUCAAUCUUCUUAUUACUCAGCACGUCAAUGGCAAGUUUUACAAAGAUAUCGAAUAUUGCAUUAAAAAAUUUGAGGCAUCGGAGCUGUCGAGUGUUGUUGACUUCAACCGUGCAUUGCAGAUCGUCCAGGAAACCCAUCUUUCUCUCGUCUAUCACCUUGAGCUUGACACUUUCGAGACAAUCCUCACUGAAGUUGACGAGGCUGUUGGUCCGACUGCGUUUGCAGGGCGGACACUGAUGCACGUACUUGCAUCCUUGGUCACUGAUAUCUUCCCAAAUUAUGCAUAUAACAAUUUUACACGUCGCUUCGUGCGUUCACCGGUGGCGCUUAAGCCUGUUGAUCGUCCAAAGUCACCAAAGGCAGAUCAUCAGCACUUUGCCGUUGGUGCUUACACAGCCCGCGCGUUUGAAAUGGCAAACAAGCUGCAUCGCAGCUUCGUAGGCAGCACCCAUACUGCUGCUAUUGUGAGAAUUCUUGGAACUAGUGGCGUGCCUCUAUUAGUCAAUAACUUGCUCACCAAUCUUCAGGAAAGGCUCGAAAUAUCGAAGGCUUAUUUGGAUGCAAUCA